AUUAGCAGCACUCGUCACAAUCAAAAUUAAUGGAUCUUCAAAUUUCACAAAUCGCCAUCAUUCUCUUUUCUCUACUCCUCAUUCUCACCGCCGCCUCCGCCGCCGCCGCCGCCAUAAACCUCUGUCCCGCCACCUCUUGCCGCCACCGCGACCCAACUAUCCGUUUCCCUUUCCGACUAAAUAGCGGCGACGGCGACGGCGACACCACACAACCCAAAUCAUGUGGCUACCCAGGAUUCGAUCUAUCAUGCGACAACAAAUCAAACCAAACAAUCAUUAACAUCGGAGGAUUAUUAUUCACCGUAAAAGCAGUAGAUUACGCCACCCAACAACUAUGGAUCAACGACCCUGACAAUUGUCUCCCCAACCGUCUUCUUUCUCUUAACCUUUCUGACUCUGCAUUUCGAGGAGUUUAUCCUCAAGAUUUCACCUUGUUUAAUUGUUCAUUAAACUUAGACUUGGCUAAAUUUCAGCUUAAUCCUGUCGGAUGUCUUAGUGGUCCUAAUUACUCUGUUUUUGCUACCUCCUCUGAUAAAGCCGUUCAGUUCUUCCUAUCUAAAAGUUGCACCUUUAUGGCGUCCGUUCAGGUGCCGGUUCAGUGGCCCUACUAUGAACAGGUUGUAACGUCAGAUCUUAGUGAUGACAUCCGGCUUACAUGGCUGGAACCACGCUGCCGCCGGUGUGAAACUCGCCGUGGUCGAUGUGGACUUCAAACCAAUUUUAGCCUUGAAGUUGGAUGCUCUCAGCAAGGUCAACAUGGGCUACCAAGGACGGCUCGAUAUGCCAUAACUGUGGGAGCAGGAUUACCAGCCAUGUUAUGCGUAAUUGGAAUGUUAUGUUUCGUAUGUGGCAAGCUCAAGUCCCGCGGAAGUACAAGUCAAAAUCCCCGCCCUCGAUAUGAAUUCAAUUCGAGUGUGGCUCCACAGCCCACGCUUGUAAUAGGCCUCGAUGGUCCUACCAUAGAAUCUUUCCCAAAACUUGUGUUGGGCGAGAGCAGGCGUCUGCCCAAGCCCAAUGAUAAUAUCUGCCCAAUAUGUUUGUCGGAGUACCACCCCAAAGAGACUCUCCGGACCCUGCCCGAUUGCACUCAUUGCUUCCACGCCGACUGUGUUGACGAAUGGCUUCGCCUUAAUGCCUCGUGUCCUGUCUGUAGGAGCUCUCAUGAGCGCCAUUUGUAUUCGUGAAUUAUCAACAAUUAUUAGAGAUAAU